UCUUAUAAUGAACUUAUAUUCACACAAAUCAAUUGUACACUAUAUAUAAAGCGAUCACUUCUUUCGAUUAUCUAUUAAUGUUUUGCAAAAGAAUUCUAACCUUCUGUUCGCUAAUUCAUAAAACAAAAGUUUGUGUCAAUUCGCCAUUCAUUAGAACAAUGUCUACCAAAAGUUCGUACAAACAGAUCCAAGUCUUCAAUUACUCCACAGACUUUGAUAAAGCCGUCCAAAUAGUUUCGCUGCCAUUAGUUGAUCCCAAAAGAGACGAAAUUUUAAUAAAAAAUCUUUUUGUGGGAAUCAACGCAACUGAUCUGAACAUCACUGCCGGACGCUAUUUCAAACACGACGACCCGCCAUAUCCUCUCGGCAUUGAAUCGUUGGGAGAAAUUGUCAAAAUCGGAACCGAUGUGAAGAACUACAAUGUGGGCCAACACGUUGUGGUGAAAUGUGGUGGCGGGCUAUUGAGGGGAUAUUCGGAAUUUCUGUACGCGACAUCUGCUGAUGGGCUGACAGUCAUCCCGAGACCAGAUCCCAAAUAUUUAGCACUGUUUGGCACAAGUGGUUUGACGGCGUCGAUAGGUCUGUCAGAAGGCGCCCGUUUGGCUAAAGGGGACAAAGUGUUGAUAACGGCUGCGGCCGGAGGUGUCGGACAUAUAGCGGCUCAAUGGGCGCUAUUAAAAGGUUGUCACGUAAUCGCCACCACAUCUAAUGAGAAGAAGGAACAGUUUCUUAAGCAAAUCGGUUGCCAUCGAGUUAUCAAUUAUAAA